AUGGCAGGCACUCGUAUGCUGAGUCUCAUGCCACCGUUUCAUGCCGGACAUUUAUUCGUCAGCCUGCUGUAUACCUUCUACUGCGAAAGCACCUGCAUCUACCCACCUGCAGAAAUGCCUCCAAGUGCGAAGACUGCUGUCCAAGUAGCCACCAACUCUCGAGUGGACACAAUCUGGCUGACUCCUGCCCACGUCGAUGAACUUGGCGAUGAUGAUGAGAUGAUAAAUUUACUAGCCGAGUCUAAUGUUGAGACAGUAUUCUGGGCAGGUGGCUCUAUACUGCCUAGCUCCGGCGAAGCGAUAGCAAAAAGGCUCAAUAUUUUCACUACUUGUGGUUCGACCGAGACAGGAAUGUGGCCUUCUAUUCGGCCUGCUGGGAAAUGGAAUCCUGAUAUUUGGCGUGCAAUGUGCUUCAACCCCGAAGCCGGUAUUCUCUUUCGGCAUCAAACCGACGGACUAUAUGGUGCCGUGAUGACAAGGAAAUCCAACCCCGAAGAAACACAACCUGUAUUCAGAGUUUUUGACACUCUCGAUGAAUUUGAUACCAAGGAUCUCUUCCAAAGGGUACCCGGAGCCACUUUGAGCGAAUGUUGGGAGUACCAUGGCCGAAGCGAUGACCUCCAAGUAUUUCAGACAGGAUUUAAGUGGCAUCCGGUCUUUUCAGAGCGUCGUCUCACUGCAGAAAACCGACAGUCAAUUCAAGAAGCACUGCUGAUUGUAACUGGAUAUCCAGAAGUGAUUGCACUAUUCGAGCCAACGGCGGAUGUUCGUUCGCAUUUUGAACACAUACAAAAAUCCAUUGGCGAAGAAGCAUUGAAGGCGGCACAAGGCAAAAUUCUGGAUAAGAUUUGGCCUACUGUGGAUGCCCUUAAUCGAUCGAAUCCUGUUUACGCACAGAUAGAUCGGAAGCGUUGUUUGUUCACGAGCUUCGAUCUGCCCAUGACAAAAACAGCUAAAGGCAACGUGCAGCGACGUCAAACAGUUGAGAACUAUUCAGAGCAGAUCAAACGCGUUGUUUCAAGCACACAUAUUAUACAAAAUGCUUACUGA